AUGCGAGCCUACAUUGAUAGCAUCUGCAACCGCAAGCCACCGUCCAAGGCGCCGCAGGUGCGGCCCACGAAGAGUGCGCUGCUGCUCCUGUCUCACCAGGAAGCGAAGAGGCGACAACUCGGUGAAUCUCAAGCAGACGGCUCCAUUUCCUUGUUGACACACCCGCAUCGGCAACCGCGUACGGCAGCUGCCAAGUGGCCCCUGAAAGCCACUCCCUCGCUGGGGCCACCACCCCGCCCUCCUGCAUGUCGCUCUUCAUCGCCACUGGCGCAUGAUGUGCUCGCUCGCACACCGGCCGCUUCCUCUGUAGCGGCGGCGGAGUCACCGUGGCACCCCCUUUUUACCUCCGCCUCACAGUCGCCGGCGACGUCACCGCGGCAGCAGCAGCGGCCGGGACGCCGCACAUCGGAGGAGGAAGGCGAAGCAGGUGUUACUCGAGAAGAAUACUGGCCCACGUUGACUCGCCCAGUAGAGGUCGACAAGGCGACACCCGUCGCAGUAGCGGCUUACGGUGACCGCAGGUUCUACGACGACACCGCCGAGGAUGGCGAAGGUGGUCACCAAGAAGCCGACGUAAUGCACGCCUCGGCAGCAGAGAGGGGUGGCUGUGCGGCGUUGUCGCCCACUCGCACAUGGAGGUCUGCAUGGGCUCCGUGGAAUCCCCCGUCACACAAGGUGCAUCAGGAUCUAGUUCGGAGUGACGCUGCUUCGCCGUGCCCGACUACUUGGCGCCUGCGGUAUCCUUCGUCGUCAUUAUACACCUCUCCUGCCCCACACGCGCGCUCUGAGAUGGAGCCGCCGCGCGUACCGCGUGCAUCUGCAGCGCGUCCAUCGAUGGCCAGCGGCACGCCUAGCGACAGCAAUCUUGCGGCUCUUUCUGGCCAAUACCCCACCGCCCCGGCAAGGGCGGCCGAUUGGAACGAGUCUCCUCAGUGGUGCCACCCGGUCUCGGCACCCCAGCAGCAGCAGCAGCAGCAGCAGCUGGCAAGAGUGCACGAGAGGCACGAGAGCUACUCCAGUAGCGCUCACUGCACGAGCGAUGCUGAUGUCAUUGCUAACACGCAGCGCCGGCCAGACUCUCUGCCGUCUCGCCCGUCAUUGUCGUCGCUCUUCUCCUCGGGUUUCUUCAGCCGGGGGCCCGAGGCGGCCAUGCACCGCCGUGCUGAGCGUUACUCGACGGUAGCGCACCGAGCCAGAAACCCUUGCGCGCGUUUUCAUGCUACGGCGCAGAGCGCCGCCUCUUCGCUUACGAAGCAGUCGCAGCAAGCGAGCCAACCGCGACCCGGUGCAGAUUAUCGCUGCCGUGACGUGAACAAAUGCAGUCUGCGCGACUUGCAAGAAGGACUGUGCACUCGUCUGCAAAGACGUCUGCACGACCUCGAGACCUCGCCAUUGAGUUGCAUCUCGCCGAUGGACUCGACAGCUGCUGCGAGAAACACUGCAUCAACGCCUCUGCUCGCUGAUACGGAUGCGACGCUGCGCCUCUGGCGUGAUACGCGGCGGGCGCUUCGGCAGCAGGUGAUGCAUCGCAGCGCAAUUCACGAUGUGCAGUGCAGCACCACACAGAGGGGGCAAUGGCCCAAUGCCGAAGAGGGCGUAGUGAUGGACGAUGUUGUGCGCCGUAUCCUCGCGGAGCGGGCCGCCUCGCGUGCAUAUCUACUCGCGGGUGUCGCUGCUGCGAAGAGGGAGGAGCGCACUCAAUGA